AUGGCGCUCAUGUCAACGGCACGGGAAGCACUGUCUCGGCCGAAACCCCUCCAUCUCCACCAACAUGCCUAUCCACCACCUUAUGAUUGGCACCUGGACCCUCCGGGUGCCAUCUUCACCGUCGCUUUCGAUGACGAGGCCCUGACCCUGACCCUCGUACAGAGGACUGAGAUCCCCGAGGAUGAGCCCAUCUCGUGGAUGGCCUUUGAUCAUGCGAAGAAGAACAUUUACGGCGCCGCAAUGAAGAAGUGGGGCAGCUAUGCCGUGAAGACCCCUUCCGAGAUUGUCCAUGAAACCUCUCAACCCUUGGGCGUUGAUCCCCAAGCCAACUCCAAGGAGACCAACACCCGAGCCAUCUUCCUGCUCCCGGCCAAGCAGCCCCCUAUGCCGUCUACUGCAACCCCUUCUACAAGCACGCCGGCUACGGCAACAUCUUCCUCCUCCUCCACCGGCGCCCUCGAGACUAAUAUCCAAAACUACGAAUACCAGCCCAACUCCGGCAUCCACGGCAUGGUCUUUGACCCCACCGAAACCUACCUCUACUCUGCCGAUUUGACCGCCAACAAGCUUUGGUGCCACCGCAAGGACCCCGCCGACCCCGACUCCGGCAAGGUCGUGCUCGUCGGCUCCGUCGACGCCCCCGGCGAAAAGGACCACCCCGCUGGGUCGCCAUGCACCCCACCGGCAACUACCUACGCACAUGCCCAUCUACACCCACCGCCACUUCCCCUCAUCCCUCCCGGCAUCCCCGACCGCUGGACCAUGUACCGCGCCGACGUGUGUGCCCUCACGUUUAGCGGCAAGUACAUGUUCGCCUCCAGCCGCGCCAACAGCUUCGAUCUGACCGGCUACGUCUCCGCCUUCAAGCUGGCCGACAGCGGCAGCAUCGAGAGGCAGAUCCUCCUUAACCCCACCCCCACCAGCGGCGGUCACAGCAAUGCCGUCGCCCCCUGCGACUGGAGCGACGAGUGGGUGGCCAUCACGGAUGACCAGGAGGGCUGGAUCGAGAUCUACAGGUGGCAGGAUGAGUUCCUCGCCAGGGUUGCCAGGUUGAGGAUUCCCGAGCCCGGCUUCGGCAUGAAUGCGAUUUGUUCAGAGCUGCCUUCUAAGAAAAUUGCAGAUCUCUCCGCAAUCAUUCAGAACAAUGGAGGCGAGGUCUGCGAACCGAGAUUCGAUGGCUCGAUCCCCGUCGAAAAGGUCACACACAUCGUUUCGAACACUAUCGACUUCCCGCAGUAUACGGAGGCGCAGGCCCUCAUGAUCCCCAUCGUCACCUACACCUGGAUCCAGCUCUCGCUCGCCAAGAGCCGCCUAGCACAAAUCCGACCUUUUUCGCCCGAUCCUCGCAUGAUAUUCUCCUCCGUCGUCAUCACCUGCGCCGGCUUACCGGUAACAGACAGGGAAAGCAUCAUCGGCGCCACGGCCGCGCUUGGGGCAUGGACUCCCCUGAUUUUUGCCGCCGCUAGGUUUGACGAUUGCUUCAAGCUAGGCAAGCGAAUCGACGAAAGUCCCUACCUCCUCCCCAACGCGGCGAUCCUCGAUGCCAACUCAAACGAGUUUGUGGAGCUCCCAUCUAGCCAGCACCUCGAAGGCGCCUCUAGCGCACGACCCGCCCACCUCCUUCCACCCACCCAAAGCUCCGCCAGAGAACCCCUAACCGUGUUCAAGAACAAAACCGUCAUGUUGGCCGAUGAUCUGGCGCUCACCUCGCGCUUACGGACCAUCAUCGAAGAAGUCAUCACGGCCUCUAAUGGUGACGUGACAACGACAGUCGAUGAAUGCAACAUGUUCAUCUGCCAGUACCGAGACGGGGAGGAUUAUGUGAGAGCGGCAAGGCUUUGCAAAGACGUCGGCAACCUUGCCUGGUUGUACCACCUCCUCACGACCGACCAGUGGUCGUCGCCCUUGCGCCGUCUCCUGCACUACCCCAUCCCCAAAAAUGGCAUUCCCGGGUUCGAGGGCUUCAAAAUCACCCUAUCUAACUACGGAGGUGAGGCGCGGACGUACCUCGAGAACCUCAUUAAGGCUUCAGGGGCUACGUAUACCAAGACGAUGAAGGCCGAGAAUACCCACCUGAUUACGGCGCGCGACAACAGUGAGAAGUGCGAAGCCGCCGCGGACUGGGGCAUCAGCAUGGUCAACCAUCUUUGGGUUGAAGAGAGCUAUGCCAAGUGCGCUGUUCAACCGUGCAGUAACAAGAAGUACACCCACUUCCUCGCGUACGAAUCUAGGGGAAAAGUACUAUCCGGGCGACGACGACGAUCUCCCCGUUCUGCUCAGCGUAGGCGCCAGAUCCUGGAUACUGCGCAGGCUUACGCGUACGACCAAGGGCCUGCAGAAGGCGUGGCUAUUGGUGCCGACAAUGUCAAGGUGUGGCGUGAGGAAGCUGCCAGGGAAGCGGCGAAACCCGAGACACCGGCGCCCAAGAAGCGCUACGUAGCGUCGGGCAAGGAGAAUGACGAGUCGCUCCUGUCCACUGGUGGUAGGAGCGCGAAGAGCAAAGCCGCGGCAACCCUGAGGCUCCUUGCUACUGACAUGGAGCAAUAUGAGAAGGAGAAGAAGCGGCAUAGCAAGGACGGUCGGGGCCCAUGGGGCGGCAAGAGAGCGGCAGACCAGCUCGAUAUGGCGGUAGAUGAGGAGAAGGAUGCCGAAAAGGAAAAGGAGAAGACGAAGAGGGGGAAGAGGGGCGCCAAGGUCACGCCCACCGCGGAGGUGGAAUCGGAAGAGGAGGUUGAGGCUGAUGAUGGGAAGCCCAGCAAGAAGAAGAGGAAGAUUGACAAGCCGUACAACAUGACAGUGACAAUCACUGGCUACUCACGCUGGGUCGAUGGCGUGAAGAAGGAAGACAAGGACAGGAUGAAGCUAGCAGAACUUGGUAUCCGGGUCCUGCCGGAGAACAGCGCCUGCCAGUAUCUGGUGGCUCCUCGGGUCCUGCGUACCAUAAAGUUCUUAUGUGGGCUCAUCCGUGGGGCGACUGUGAUCUCGACCGAGUUCAUUGACCACGUCUUGACGAGCAAGGAGAUUGUCGAUCCGAACGACUUUAUCCUCGUGGAUAAGGAGGGCGAAAAGAUGUACAACAUGAAGCUCUCCACAUCGGUUGCCCGGGCCCGAGCCAACUCUGGCAAGCUUCUCCAGGGAGUGCCCAUCUACUGCACGCCACAUAUCCGGCACGGGGCCAAGACGUAUGAGACGAUUGCCCGGGCGUGCCACGCCAUCUGGAAGACGUACGACGGCAAGCACAGCACCAUCAAGAAAACGACACGUGAGGAGGACGGUGGUCUCCCGCCGGAUCCGGUGUACCUCCUAACAUCGAGCACGCCGGCGGAAAAGGAGCUCUUCCCCAAGUUUAUCAAAAUGGCCGAGGACGGCAACAUGGAGCCGAGGAUCGUGUCGCCGGACUGGCUCCUCCAGGUAUGCAUGAAGCAGGAGGUCAAGUACGACAAGCAGUUUGCGGCAGAGGGCAUGGCGUAG